AUGGGGAAAAGAGCCCCGGCCCCGGCCGAUUCGACGGUCACCUUUGCCAGUGGGCGCGCCGAUGAGGGAAACCCUCCAGACCUCCGCAUCUUCCACUUCAAUGAUGUCUACCACAUCGACCCUCCAGCGCCGAGCCCGUUGGCGCAAUUCGGCCACCUCGCAUCGAAAUGCAAGUUUCCGUGGCUCAUCGCCAAUGUACUUGACCCUGCUUUAGGAGAAUGUGUGCCUAUUGGAAAUGCCAAAGCGACGCACAUGAUCACCUCCUCUAAUGGUAUCAAGAUCGGCCUUAUCGGACUUGGUGAGAGGGAAUGGCUAGAGACUAUUAAUGUUCUACCACCGAACCUCAUAUACAAGUCUGCCACAGAGACUGCCAAAGAGCUUAUUCCCGGCCUCAGGGAACAGGGCGCCGAGAUUAUCAUAGCCCUAACCCACAUGAGAGAACCCAACGACAACAAGCUUGCGACCAACACCAACGGAAUGAUUGAUAUCAUCCUCGGCGGACACGACCACUACUAUGCGCACAGCUUCAUCAACGGCACACAUGUUUUACGAUCUGGGAGUGAUUUCAAACAGCUUAGCUACAUUCAGGCCUGGAGGAAACCCGACCAACCAGGAAAAUGGGACUUUGAUAUCCUUCGAAGGGAUGUCGUCUCGAGCAUUCCUGAGGACCCUGCCACUCUCGCACUCGUUGAUGACCUCACAUCUAAGUUGAAGAAUAGCCUCUCCAAGCCCAUAGGAUGGACUGCGACGGCCAUCGACGCGCGAUUUACCACGGUUAGAAAAGAGGAGAGUAGCAUGGGCAACUUUGUGUGCGACAUCAUGAGGCAUCAUUACGCCGCUGACUGCGCAAUCAUGGCGGCCGGGACGAUACGAGGCGACCAGAUCUAUCCACCAGGCGCGGUUCGUGUGAAAGACAUUGUUACGUGUUUUCCUUUUGAGGAUCCUGUAGUGCUGCUGAAGGCGAAGGGCCAGGCGAUCCUUGAUGCUCUAGAGAAUGGUGUUAGCCUGUAUCCGGCUCUCGAGGGCCGAUUUCCGCAGGUAUCCAAUAUCGAAUUCACGUUUGACCCCGAGAAGCCGCCUGGAUCAAGGAUUGUCACCGCCCUCAUUGAUGGUCAGGAGAUUGACCUUGAGAGGAAAUAUUUGCUCUCGACAAGAGGCCUGCUCGUCGAGGAUGCUGGCGGAGAGGUAGAGGAGAUUGUGAGCGAGGAAAACGGAAUUUUAAUCUCCGCCAUGCUGAGGCAGUACUUCAUGGCGCUUCGAACAGUUGGGAAAUGGAGGUAUCUUGACGCGAGCCAUUGGGACAACGUCGUCAGCCGAUGUCAGACGCUCUCGGAGCACCUCAGUGACAGUUACACGAAAAAAGGUGGCAAGCUAAGAGCAAAGCUUCCGGAGACGGGCGCCUGGGGAGUGUGGCUGCAGCGUCGUGCGGGCUUCCAGGCGAAGCCAGAGAAUGACGACAGCGGGUUUGAAGACGAGGAUGAAGAUGGCGACGGGGCCGACGACGACAGGCUCGAGACUGAAGUCCUUCUAAUGAAGAAAUUCUUCGCCAAAUGGGCGGCGGUAGCUAGGGUAAAAACCUCGACGUGCGAUUCGAUGGGAUCGGAAGAGAUCAAUGUGGAUUGGACGCGGGUGAUUGCUCCUGUCUUGGAAGGGCGGAUCAAAAGGAUUGGAUCCGAAUCGUAA